AACAAAAACUACUUUUGAUUUACAAAAAGUACCUACAGUGUAAUUCAAAGUAGACAACAAAAAAAUUAUUUAUGUACGCAGGUAUUCAGUUAUUUCAUACAUAAACGCUUUCUUUCUACUUAUCUGUACAUAUAUGAUAUGGUAUUAUAUGUUUAGCAUCAACGAUGUACGAUAAAUACAAUACUAGGCAUUGCUGUUUAAAUACACGCAAGAAUGCAUGAACUACAGUAGACGUACAGUAGGUACUUGUACUUUAGCAAUUUCAGUAGUGUACAGAAAUAUACCCAGUUUUUAUUUCAUUACUCUGUUAAAUAUUAAAUAAGCAAUAUAUGAACUGGACUGAACAUUUCUGAUCUACCAACGUUUGUAUUGCUCAUUUAUGCUUACCAUUAGAUAAAUUAUAACUUCAAAUUAAAUACCAACUUUAUGAAUUGCUUUGGAUUUGGAUUUUAGACUUCAAAAGAUAAAGGAGGUGCUGUUGCGCGUGUUGUAUAACAAAUUAUUGCCUCUAAACUUGAAAAAAAUAUCUAAUCAGAUGGUUUACGGUUCGCAUUAACUGGUGUUCAGUACCGAUAUAUAUAUGCACCUCGAGACCUCGAGAACAUGAAAUGCUGUAUCACAGUUUAUCUGUUUUCCUUAACCUAACAUCAAAAUUAUCUAUUUGUCCGGUAGUGAAACUAAAUACAAUGGCGAAUGAAGGUGAAAACUGGAAAAAUGCACAGUCUGUGUACGAAUUUGUUGUGAAUAAUAUUAAAGGGGAACCGGUUUCUCUAGAAAAAUAUCGAGGAAACGUAUUAAUAAUCGUUAAUGUUGCAUCCCGUUGCGGUUACACUGCAAAUCAUUACAAGGAAUUGAACGAACUCUAUGAGAAAUUUUCUGAAUCCAAAGGGUUAAAAAUAUUAGCCUUUCCAUGCAAUCAGUUUGCCCAUCAGGAGCCGGGUGGAUCUGAUGAAAUUUGUCAGUUUGCGUCUUCAAAAAAUGUCAAAUUUGAUUUGUUUGAGAAAAUUGACGUUAACGGAGCAAACGCACAUCCAUUAUGGAAAUACUUAAAAGAAAAACAGGGAGGCAUUCUUGGAAAUUUCAUAAAAUGGAAUUUUACCAAAUUUGUUGUUGAUAGAAAUGGACAGCCUGUGGAACGUUUCGGCCCGAACGUAAGCCCACUUCAAAUGUUACAAGCCCUUGAAAAAUAUUGGUGAUCAAUCUCAAGCAGGGUGAAUUGAUAUUUUAAACUGUGCUUUGCUUAUUGUAUGUUUAUUCUUCCAUGCUUUUUUAUGUAUUAGUUUAUUAAGAAAUUUGUGGUUGUAUUUUAUUGAUUUAUAAAAUAAAUGGAAUAUUAUGGUU